AUGAGCAAGCGAGUCCCUUGUAACGAAUGCCGUGAACAUAAACGUCGGUGCACAGGCGAGACUCCCUGUGAACGCUGCCAACGAUUGAAACUCAAAUGUGUUUAUACCAUCAAAAAGUCGCCCAAGGAUGAAGAGUAUAUCCAGGAGAUAGAAAUGAUUGAGCAAAUCGACCAGCUUCGACACCACAUUGCCUUGAUGGAAGCCGAGAUUGGUCAAUUGAGCCAAACACAAUCGACAACAACAACACCCACGCCACACGAGUCUCCAUUGACAACGAGUAGUAGUACGGUGACCGGAGGAUCCAUGGCUUCACCUAUCAGUUUGAGCGGCAACGAUAUGGCAUUGGAUUUACCUUUGAAAGACUUCAACAACAACAACAGCAACAUCAUUGCAACGAAUGACCGGGGAUACUCAGUGUCUUUGUUGGAUCAACGACGUCAACAACGACAAUGGACGACGAGUGAUGUCGAUAAUGAUGAUAAUGAUGAGAGCCGGCAACCACUCGAUUGGACACUUUCAGUGAGCAAUGGCAAUCUAUCAAUUCAUACCAAGAUCCAUAAUCACACCGAGCUAUUAAGCAACCUUCAAAAGAUCGUCACCACCCUUGAGUUCCAGGAUCAAGUACCAGCAUUGUUUGCAACAGCGACUGAGCCUGAUCCCAUGUCAAAGAUGUUGCAUAUUCUAAUGUGGAAGCGAUAUGGCAAAUCAAGGUACAAAGGCAUCGUCAAACAAAUGACAUUUACAAGCCGAGCAACGGGAGGAGAUCAUACAAUCGUACCCAGCAACGUCGUUGAUAUAUCAGCUUUGAUGCGCCGUUUGAUCUUUGAAUACACCCAUUGCCAACAAUACAUGCACCUUUCGCUCCAUUGUCCGACGUUUAUGCGAUUAUUUGUCGAAUGCGAUCGUCGAGAUUUGUCACCAGCAGCUUUAGCCGCGUGUGCCGUCAUUUGCAUGAUGCCUUGUCGCCACAUCGUUCAAAUCAUCGAUUACGAGCAAUGUGCGGAUUAUGCAACCUACUUUGCAGAAAGAGCCAAAGAAGAACUUUCAGAACGGUUCGAUGAGAUCAGCUUGGACGUGUAUUUGGGUUAUACCUUUUUGGCCCUCUUCAAGGUACACGCAUCCGAUAUUGAUGAAUGCAAUCGAUAUAGCGACUUUGCUGAACGCAUGCGACAUUUGCUGGAACCCAUGUAUCAAGACAAGAAUCAAGAUCCUGGCGAAGUAGCAUUGCUCCAUCGUGCCUCCAAUGUGGUGAUGAAGGUGCGCACCUUGGCGGGUAUGAUGAUGAUCAGCCAACAAAAGCAAAAAGGAUAUAAGGAUGCGGAUGCCGACUUGUAUUCCUCCGUUUACAAGAGGAUCCAUGAACGCCAUUUCGAUCUGGAAAUAGUGGAGGGUGAUUCACCAGAAGAACAACGCUAUAUACGCGCCUUCCAGAUGAUGCGUGUGCUAAGGGAUGAAGCUCACAGGGUGGUCCAUUCGUUUCAGAGCUCAAACUUGAUGAACUUUAUUGGCGUUUUCGGGCAUCAAUUGGAAAUGGUAAUGCGACUAUGGUACAAAGAGACACUCGAACCCGAUUUUCGGCUCUCAGCACCUUUGUUUGACGACACCAUCCCCGAGAAUGUAUUUAUGGAUAUGUUGGAAAAGGAUUGCCAAACGAGCUUGGUGCCAAUAUUGACGACAAUGCGUAUCUAUGGCGAAUGCUUUGUCAUGUGCCGAUCACAUCUUCCCAACACAAUUGUUGUCAAUCAUCGUUUAAAGAUCAAUUAUCUCCCACCUGAAGACUCCGAGGAUGAGCAAAAAAGGCUUAAACAUCAACGACGUCUUGGCAAGCUGAUGCGACUACGCCAGAUGAUUGAAUUUGAAGGCACUGAUGAAGAAUACCUGCAGACCGUGUUUGGUGCUCUUGUCCUUGAUACCCGUGAUCUACGCCAUUCACUACUCGAUAUCACUGUACGUGCAGCUGUGUGCACCUUACGUAUCCAAAAGUUUUUAUUGCGACGCCAACGUGGUGUAUGCUUAUUUGAUCCACGCAUUCCGCUUGAUGCUCUGGAAGUUCUCAAACGCAUGGCCAAGAUCUACAUGUAUGAUGAUAAGCAGUUUGCCUUGCAAGUACGCAGCGUCAUAGACGACUAUCUUUCAAUGCUAAAAGAUGCCGUGGAAAUGGAACCAAUGUAUCGUCGGCUGGAAACCAAGAUACGGGACUUUGAAGCUGAAAUACAAGAAGAAUUAGCACCUCUCAACCCAUGGGCCAAUGUUGACCAGGACUUGUCUGCAUACGUCGAUAUAUGA